AUGGCUCAUACUGAAUCUUUCCUGAUUCCUGCCCCUCAGCUAAAAUCCAUUGGGGACGUCCUCUUGUCACAUAAUGAGAAGGUAGAUUCCACGGGGGACGCGUAUGGUGCACGAUGUCUGGUGACAAUGCAGCCACCUUCGGCUUCACGCAAGAUGCCGCAACUACUGGAGGAUGGUCAGAAUUGGGUUUACAUCCUGUCGAGGCUAUGUAGCAUGCAGGGAGAGCUCCUUGACGAUGGGACCCGCUACCACAAGAUCAGAAGGGAAGGACAGGGCAUUUCCAUAAAGUUUAGAUGCAUUCUGGUCCGGGAACUGCUCCUGAUGGAGCUCAGCCCUUAUCGAAAGUGGGCUGAGGAAGACGGUUUGGAGGAGCUAGGUUUUGCAAAAGCCCGCCGAUGA